AUGCAGGAAGCACAUACACGGGACCUGAAUGAACUCCAAGAUGCUCGCCAGUUCAUCACCAACAGUACCCGCCGGCAGUCUGCUCCACUCAGAGAAGCAUCCGCUGUUCCCACAACCACUACUGUAAUAUCAUCAGGCCAUCCUCGGCUUAAGGCAUCAGAGUUACCGAAGUUUGCUGGCAAGGAUGGUGAAGAUGUUGACCAUUGGAUAUCCAAGGUCGAUGCAAUCUUCACCUACUCUGGAGUCUCGAACCGUGAUCUGCUCCAGAUCCUCCCUUUGAUUCUCACAGGAAAAGCAUCAAACUGGUUUGCCAACUUAACCCCUGGAGAAAGGGACAGCCUGACUACUUGGGAGCUGUGGAAGGACGCACUUCGUAAUGCAUUCCACAUCCCAAACCAUGAUGUUGUGAAGCGUCGCGAGUGCAUGUUCCGCAGCCUCCGCGCAAAUGAGAGCAUGUCUGACUACUUCGACGAUAAGACUUCCCUUCAAAAGCAAGUGUUCCCAGCAUCCACACCUAUCAAAGACCUCAUCAACGACCUCAUCAUGGGCAUCCCUAUGAGCAUGCAGCCCAUGAUCAAGUCCUCAAUGUGGGAGGUACACUCUCUUGAGGAUUUCCGACGCCUUCUUAUAGACCUUGAGCCAGGUCUACGCCCUUCGUUCAAAACUCGGAGCACAAACCCAUCUGCAUCUACACUCGACAGCAAAAGUCGAGCAUCAUUCAACACCAUUCGACCCUCACCUAGCUUCAGCUCAUACCGCUCUGCUAGCAGCACCCCCUCAAUCCGAUCAAACCAAGCUCCCAACAGGGCUCCUGUCAGCCCAUCACAGACUCUCCCAAAGACUCCUUGUUGGUGUGGUGGAAUGCACUGGCAAAGGGAUUGUCCCAACCGCGCCAAACCUCCAACAUCCAACCCACGCACCAACACAGCACAAGUGAAUCGUUAUUCACCCCCUCAGAGCUCAGUAAACUCAAUUCCGAACAACAACGGGUCCAGAUGGCCAAGCAGGCCAAAGACCAACACCCUGAGUGCAGAGUCCCUCACUCCUAUAGCUCAACACCGC